UUGCGAGGGGCCGUGGCCUCUCCUGGCCUGCGGCGACUGGGAGGGGACCACGCAUGGCCACCUACCUGGAGCUGCCCACCCGUGCGAGGAUGCCCGUCCUGGGACUGGGGACCUGGCAGUCUCUCCAAGGAGCAGCGAGAGGUGCAGUGAAGUUUGCCAUCGAUGUUGGGUAUCGCCACUUUGAUUGCGCCUACCUGUACCAGAACGAGAGUGAGAUUGGGGAUGUGCUACGAGAAAAAGUUGAGGAGGGGGUUGUGAAGCGAGAAGACCUCUUUAUUGUCAGUAAGCUGUGGUCCACCUUCCACGAGAGAUCCCUGGUGAAGGAGGCAUGCCAGAAAACACUUGCUGCCCUCCAACUGGAUUAUUUGGAUCUCCACCUGAUGCACUGGCCCAUGGGAUUCAAGGCAGGACAAGAGCUAUUUCCUGCAGAUGGAAAUGGCACGAUCGUUCCCAGCAAGACAGAUUUUCUGGAUACGUGGGAGGCUAUGGAAGAGCUGGUGGAUGCGGGAAUGGUGAAGGCCAUUGGGGUCUCCAACUUCAACCACAAAUAGAUAGAUCGGCUCCUGAGCAAACCAGGCUUAAGACACAAACCUGCAAAUAAUCAGAUUGAGAGCCACCCCUACCUUCCUCAGGAAGAGCUGAUUAAGUUUUGCCAAUCCAAAGGGAUUUCCGUCACUGCGUAUUGUCCCCUUGGAGCGCCCAACUGGCCAUGGCCCAAGCCUGAGGAUAUUUCCCUUUGUGAUGAUCCCCAAAUUAAGAAAAUUGCACUUAAGUACAACAAAACUCCCGCUCAAGUGCUUAUCCGGCUCCAGAUUCAAAGAAAUGUGAGCAUAAUUCCCAAAUCCAUCACUCCACACCGUAUUGAGGAAAAUUUUAAGGUGUUUGACUUUGAAUUGGCUAAAGAGGAGAAGGAAACCUUCCUCGCUUUCAAGAAGCAGUAUCGCAUCUGUGCAUUAAGAGAAUGCAAAAAACACAAGGACUAUCCUUUUUUGGAAGACUAACAAAGGCAUCAUCUUCAGAUCCUCCAGGGAUCAGAACCAUGUAUCUUUGUUUCAAGCAAUUUGUAAUACUUCAUGUGUACUAAAUCACAAUAUAAGUGGAAUAUGUAUUACAAGAUGGGAGAGGGUAACUCAUAGACAUUCUGAAGAGUAAUCUUUGAGCGUGCACGCAUUUCCCUUAUUAUCAACUACAGUUAUAUCAGUCCUUUAUCUGUAUCUUUGCUCUACUCUUGCUGUAGCAAAAUUCUCAAUUGUAGGAAAAAUAUGUUAUAAUUUAGUAAUGAUAGUUAAAGAAGUUUAAUAAACCUGAAUCUUUGGGAUC